AUGGACAGUAACAAAAAAACCUUUGACGAAAGGUCCGAGAAGGACGGUGCGACGACGAAGUCCGUGAAGGACGGAGAGAAGGAGGUGUCCGUGAAGGACGUAGAGGAGUUGACAAGGAGAGGAGAUUUGAACGCGGAAGAUGCGGCGGCGUUCAGCGUGCUAGUGCGCGAACUGGAAAUGGCAGAGCGAGAAUUGGAAUUGGGGUCUGACCUCUCCAGCUCCUGCAUGUCGUUGGACGAUGGCGGGAGGUCGUCAGUCGAUGGCCCCCGCAGAUCAUUGAGGAGGAAAAGGCGUCGGACGGAUGGCGACUCAGAGUCAGACUGGAGUGGGCGUUCAACACCGGUCCCCAAAAAGGUGGACCAAAGCCCUGCAGCAGACGGAGAUACCCGAAAAAUCUUUGGGUAUCAAUUUCACGGGGACGGCAAGUUCUCAGAGCCGGUGGCUAUGCCGCCAAAAAAGAAGACUGCCGCGGUGGCGGCAGCAUCAACAACAUUGACGAGGAAGGAGGCCCCCAUAGGCCUAAAGGAAGCCAGAGUCCGCCUCCAGCGGAUAACGGCAAUAGACACGGACGAUGACGCGGCCCAACAAGAGGCCGAAAGAACAACGCCGGAGGUGGAACCGGCCAAGUCCAGGAAGAAGCCCCUGGCACGUGCGGCUUCCCGCAAACCCUCAUUUAACGAGGAAACACGGGCUGCUGACGAGCUUGGGGGCCAAAUCGAGAGGGAGGCCAGUCGGGUCUUAGAUGCCAUCCGUAAGUCGGCCAAUUUGAAGGGUACUGUCGUUAGGGACGUCAAGGACUCUGUUGCCUCAAUUUGCAGAGCAGCGGAAGCCCUGAAGUCCCGAUCCGAUACGGUCGAGUGCGCACGUUUACGUGCGGCAAACUCCCGUCUGGAAAAAGAGGUGGCUGACAGCAAGGCGAAGAUCGCCAGCUAUAGGCAAGAGUUUGCCCGCCUUGACGCCGAAAUGGCAGCCCUCCGCGAGGAGGUUGGCCGAUCGCGUGCCACGGCUGGCGGACAAAUACCGGACGAGACAGAGGCACCCAUGGGGUCUCCCCGGGUCCUCGAAAACAUGGAAGAGAGGCUGGUCAAGCGUAUGGGGAAGAUGAUGGAUGAUCGACUCGCGAGUAUCGAGGGUCGUCUCCUCCCAGCUCCCCAGGUCUCGGCCGAAGGACGCCCACCCGCUCAGGAAGAUGGAAGCCGGGGCUCAGUCCCCCAGGUUCUAGCGGGCGGCACAAGGACAAGCGCCCAGGGGCCAGCACCUCAGGCUAAGGGCGGAAAUAAGAGGAAGCCCAAGAAGGCAGCCCACUCGGCCUCACAACCGGUCGAGACUCGUGCCCCCCCGGCAACACAGCCAUCCCAACCAACAGAAGCCUCUUGGGCCACUGUUGUGAAGGGUAAGCGGGGGAAGAUGGUCAACGUCACGGAGGGACAGGCCGUACCAUCAACGAGCCGCCAUGGCGCUAAGCCGAGCACAUCAAAGCCGGCGAAGCCCACCGCGCCAGCCCCGUCUAAGUUAAAACCGCCCCGCUCUGCGGCGGUGGUAAUAACUAUCGACCCGGCUGCGGAGAGGGAGGGUGUGACGUACGCCAACAUACUGUUGGAGGCGAAAAACCGAGUGGACCUUCGCCCCCUCGGUAUAGAGGCGCUCCGACUGCGCCAGGCCAUCACCGGAGCCAGAAUUCUGGAGAUCCCUGGUGCAGAGAGCGGCGAAAAAGCCGACGCCUUGGCUUCGAAGCUCCGGGAGUUUAUUCCGGAGAGUAUGGCAAAAGUGGCCAGGCCCGUCAAAACCGCGGAAAUGCGCGUGAUGGGCCUGGACGACUCUGCCACGACAGAGGAGGUGGCGGUGGCAGUUGCCCAAAUCGGGGAAUGCCAGCCGGAUGCGGUAAGGGUCGGUGACAUCCGCCGCAAUACCUCCGGGAUGGGGACCUGCUGGGUUCGCGGCCCCGUGGCGGCCAUUAAGAAGGCGACCGCGGCGAAGCACAUUCGCAUAGGGUGGGUCUCGGCGCGGACGGAGCUCCUCCGGCAAAGGCCGCUGCGAUGCUUCCGAUGCCUGGAAGGAGGACAUGUGAGCAAUCAAUGCUCACAACCCCAGGAUCGCAGCGGUCUUUGCUACCGUUGUGGGGAAGAAGGCCACCGUGCGGCAACCUGCACAGCUGAUCCGCGGUGCGUCAUCUGUGCCGCGCUGGGUCGUCCGGCGAACCAUUGGGUGGGUGCAAAAUCUUGCACCCCGCCCAAAAGCAAGAAGGCGAAACGGCCAGCCACCCAGGCCCCAGGCCGAAGGAGCGAACAGGAGGAGGGGAUGGAAACGGGCCAUGAGCCCAGUCCCCCUUCUGGCGAUCAGGGAGGUAGGGGCGGCAACUAG